AAUUUCUUCAUGACGCGUGGCAGCAGAGCCGUUUCAAGACACCGAUAAAGGCACCUUAGGCUACUCUUUCAUGAUUUACAGCCAGAAACCAGGUCGUCGUGGUAGAGCACAAAUGCUUCAGUUGUGACCACCAUGUUCUCUACAGCCGGCCUCCCGACUCGGCUGUGGUCCCUGAUAUGGCCUCAUGGCAUUCCCAUCCAGGGCGUGGCAUCCACGGCCGGGCUUAUAGCAAUCCAGGUCGGCAUCGGCAUCGUGAUGAAAGCCGCGCAGGUCUCUGGGUCGUACUCCUUUUCCCCCUCAGGAUCCAUCGUCAUAUCUGAGUUCCUCAAGCUUCUCUUGUCCUCGGCCUUCUUCUGGUGGGAGGCAGAGAAAAGGAGGGAGUCAUGGCCGCCGUCUCCCUCACUGUUAUUAGAGGGAGGUGCCGGGCCUCGGUACUCGCGUUUGGACGACGACGAUGACGCUUCUGCCUCGGAAAAUGCCGUCAGUGGAAGCAGUCAACCAAGUUUGGCGCUCGAUCAUCACCAACUCUCUGACACAAGUCCUGGCAAGGGCGAGCUGGUUUCUCGGCUGAGGGUUUUCUGGCGGGACCUGUGGAGUGACUUGGCCCAACAAAAGACGGAGGGCAUCAUUGUUCUGGCUCUGUGCUAUACGUUAAUCAAUAACUCGGUGUUUCUCAAUUACAAGAUGGCGGACCCGGGCACCAUACAGCUAUCCAAGAGCGGUGGAACGGUUGCGACGGCCGUAAUAAUGGUAACCUGCCUUGGCACCAAGAUUUCCAAACUUCAAUGGAUUGCCAUUGGUAUUCAGCUUUGUGGUUUGAUUCUUACGCAGUAUAAAGGCGACAGCAAGACUCUUAUCAUGUACCCUAUCGGAGUAUAUUCGAUUCUCGCCUUACAAUUAGCCCUGAGCGCGUCAGCGGGCGUGUAUAAUCAAUAUCUCGUAAAGCUCAACGACUGCAGCUUACAUGUCACCAACAUGAUUCUCUACGCGACCGGGGCGGGCAUCAACCUGGUUUGCCACCUGCUUCUUCGCUGUGUCAAUGCCGGCGAACCGGGUUUCCUCGACGGCUAUAACAGCUUUGGCGCCAUCAUGGUGGUGGUCAGCAAUGUCUUCAUUGGGUUGGCAAUCACUACCGUGUACAAAUACGCUGAUGCACUCAUCAAAUGCUUCGCGAACGUCGUGUCCACCGGGAUUCUGCUGUACCUCUCGCCAGUGCUCUUCGGCAUCGCCUUCGGCGACCUCGUCAUAUUGGGCGCCGGCCUCACGUUUUUGGCAUCUUGGCUCUACGUCAGUAAGCCUGCGAUGCAGAGUACGAACGAUACCUAUCGGGAUCCUGGGCGAAAGAAUAGAGUCUCUACAACGCUACGGGAGCUCUUUGCAAAAUGUCCGGUGGCAUGCCUCGGCAUAUUGACAUUCGGAACGGUCAUUCUGGUUGUGCUCCUGGCAAUCCCGGAGCAGACGAUGCCCGGCCUACUUCAUGUUAGCAGCACAGCUGCACGUGUAUCCGAAGUUGUCGCUUCACCCGAAGUUGUCGCUUCACCGUUUCAAAAGACAUUUGCCAUGGUUCGCUGGAACUCCCAUCUGCCUGAGCGAAUCCCACUCGUCAGAAAGUAUGAUCCUUUCUUCCGUACGGUGCACUUAUCAAUACCCGAAUUGGCAAAGGAACGCCCGUCGAGCUAUCUUGAUUGGGAAACCGACCAGGCAGACAACACCUUUACGAUAUACAGUGCAGUCGCUCGUGUCAUGAAGAUGAUCCUAUCUACCGAGCCACUGAUUGAAGGCCUUCUCUACUUUCACUUCGAUGCCUGGAUCGACCCGCUCGCCUGGGCCAACAUGGACCGGAACCAAGUAUGGUUUCUCAACUCGUCAAUGCCGCUGCACAGAUGUAUGAGCAGCACCAAUGAGUCGGAUUGGUGGGGGCUUGAGAAGGACUUCCAUCUGUCGUCUCUGAAAGCUACUGAAGUUGUAGAACAGCUGGACGCAGGAUACAAGGUGCAAAAGGGCCAGUGGUGCAUCGGCUGGAGCGACAUCUACUACAUCCCGCGACGGUUCUUUGUCGACUACAUCCGGCUGGCCGACAUCUUCCACGAGUUCGAUGUGUUCCACGAGGUUGCCAUUCCCACCAUGGUCCAGAUCAUCAACGACACAUAUAGCCAUGGGGGGGCCAGCGCCAAGCCGGCCGUAUACGACUUUCGAGACUGCUGGGGGUCUUGCUGCGACGACGGCGCCUCGAUUGAGAACGUCACGACGGCUCGCUGUGGCCACAGGCUGAACUACUUGUCUGAGCCGCUUCGGACAGCUUUCUUCGACAAGCUGGAUGGGCAGGCCAAGAUGCUCGGACUGCCGGCGCCGGGGUAUCAACAGUAACGUUCGGACGCUACCCGCAUUCUCGCGGGGGUGAAGAGCGGCCUGGCUUUGGAGGGGGUGGCCCUGCCGCUAACAACUGAUAUCGACCAUGAUACAAACAAUGAUAGAUCAGCGCGGACAUUGGAGGGGCGAUUCGGUGAUACGACAGUGUCGCCCGCUGAAGCGUCUGAACAUUGGCUCAAGCAUGGCCCUUUUCCGGCCUCGAACCACACGGAAUCGCAAUACGGCUGCUGUCAACCUUGAUCACCGAAGGUGGUCCGAUGUCAAUGAAGAGAAGCCGCAGGGCGCGAGCGGAGAUAUCCUUGUUCGUCGACGUACGAACCGACGGCGAGGCGAACUCCGGGCCCGCCAUUGCCGCCCAUGGCGGGCGCCCAGACGUGCAGAGAUGGAGACCGCGUUUGUGGUCUGGAAUACUUGGCUUACUGCGUCCGUGUGGCAGCUUGCAGAAUGCCCGGGGAUCCGAAGGCGUCGGCACAAACUACCAAGGUACCAUACAGCUAUCAGGGCGUUAAUAUUACCUAGUAUUCGGUAGGCAAAUAAUCGAACAGGCGGGGCUGUGGUAAUAAACAACAUAGUCACUGUUACAACCGGCGCGGGUCCGGGGAACUCGUGGGGUCCCCUCUGGGUCACUCCCAUGGCGAUAUGGAGUACGUACGUACUAGCACCUC